CGGCCUGAGGGACUGGGAAGGCGGAAGUGGCGGCGCGGUGCGGCGCGGUGAAGCGCCGGCCCCGGCGGGCGGGCGGGCGGAGGCCUCUGCACAUCAUCCCCGCGGCUGCUGAUUUGGGAGAACCCCCCCUCAGGGUAUGAGCAGCGGCUCCUCGUCUGCUCCGGGGCCCCGGGUUUAAAGCCCCCCGCGCCGGUUUGUAUUUGCCCCCCGCCCCGCGCCGGCCGAGAGGAUGCUGUCCGAGCAAGCCCAGCGGUGGUUCCCCACCCACGUGCAGGUCACGGUGCUGCAAGCCAAAGCCCUGAAGCCCAAAGGCAAGAACGGCACCAACGACACGUACACCAUCAUCCAGCUGGGCAAGGAGAAGUACUCCACCUCGGUGGCCGAGAAGACGCUGGAUCCGGUGUGGAAAGAAGAGGCCUCGUUUGAGCUGCCGGGAUUACUGGUGCAAGGCAGCCCCGAGAAGUACAUCCUCUGCCUGGUGGUCAUGCACAGGUCGCUGGUGGGGCUGGACAAGUUUUUGGGGCAGGUGGCUAUCAAUUUGAACGCAAUCUUUGAGGACAAGCAACGGAGGAAAACGGAGUGGUUUAGCCUAGAAUCCAAACAAGGCAAAAGGACUAAAGACAGAGGAGAAAUAAAAGUCAGUAUUCAGUUUAUGAGGAAUAAUAUGACAGCAAGCAUGUUUGACCUGUCGAUGAAAGAUAAAACAAAAUCUCCUUUUGCUAAACUAAAGGACAAAAUGAAAGGUCGAAAAAGCGACGGGACGUUUUCGGACACAUCUUCUGCAAUCAUUCCAAGUACUCAUACACCUGAUGCAAACAUUGAAGCAUCUGGUAGUGAAAUGCAAAUGAAAUCAAAACCAAAAAAACCUUUCCUUUUGGGACCUCAGCGACUAUCUUCAGCCCAUUCGAUGUCUGAUUUAACUGGGUCGCAUGUGUCUUCAGAAAAAUUGAAAUCCAGUGCAAUUGGUCACACUCAACUUUUCCGACGUCAGCUAGAAUCCUUUAGUUCUGUUGAUGAAACAGGAAGUAUAAAAUCUCCACAUAGGAGGACAUUGAGUGCUGAUACUUCUAAAGUGAAUCAGGAUGACAGCACAGUUGGCGAAAGAGAAUCAGCUUUUGAAGCACAAAAUGAUCCAUUUACAAAUGUGAGUGCUUCAUUACCCCAAAAGUUUGCUACUUUGCCAAGACAAAAAAAUCCAUUUGAAGAAACUCCUUCAUCAUGGGAUCAGAACAUAAAUCUGUUUUCUAAACCUGUUGAAAUCAAAAAAGAAACCAGAAAAGAGAAAAAGGAGAAAGUUAGUCUUUUUGAAAGAGUGACUGGUAAAAAAGAUAGCAAGAGGUCGGAUAAACUUAGCAAUGGGGCAUCAGAAAGUUCUACUGACUUGAAAUCACCUAGUGCAUUUGGUGAAAAUCAUCAGGAGAGUUUUAAUUAUGAUUCAACUAAUCCGUUUACAACAAACUUCAAGCCUACAAGCGUGUUGCCAUCGUCUAGUUUUAAGAUGAAUACACCAAGCAUUGAAGACCUCAGGAAAACAACAGAUGGAAAUCCUUUUGAUGCUACUGCAGGGUACCGUAAUCUUACAUAUGAAGAGGUCUUGCAAGAGUUGGUGAAACACAAAGAGCAGCUUAAGAAGAAAGACACCCAUAUUCGUGAACUUGAGGACUACAUUGACAAUCUUCUUGUACGAGUAAUGGAGGAAACGCCUAGUAUUCUCAGAGUGCCAUAUGAACCUUCCCGAAAAGCCGGCAAAUUUUCCAAAAGCUAAAAUCACAACUUUUCAUGUUAAUCAAUAUUGAAUGCGUUAGUGUAAGGACAUCACACUACACGUCAGACUUAUUACAUUCAAUUGUAUAUUCCACUCCUCUUUUCCUAAGAAAUCCUUUUUUUCCACUCCAGGUACUAGCAGGGACUGCCAGAACUAAUACACUAUUAUAUAUAUUAAGUUAAAGAACUUCCUGAAGAAAAAAAUGAGAGAUAUGGUAAGUGAAUGUCUCUCAUUUGUUUUUGGAAAUUGCAUUUAGCUGCAGAAUGUUGCUUACAGUACUGUAAAGAAUAUACUUUAAAAAUGGUUGUGCAGUUUUUUUACACAAUGGCUUAUAAUGUUCCCCAUUGCAGUUACAGCUAUGAAACCAUGUUGCUAUUUUCUUUAUGAAUUACUUGGUACAAUAUUAUACAAAGUCAUUCUUUUUGGUAUUACAGCAUAGCAUUAAGGCUGCCUUUUAAGUCAGCAUUGUAUAUUUUGCCAAUCAAAGUGUGAGCUGUUGCAAUGUGAUAUUUUAACACAGUUCAUUCUCAAGUUUAUCAGAGGGAAACGUGAGACCCACAAGUUGAGAAGAGGAAAUGCUGCAUCAUAUACAGUGAGAUUGUUGUGUCAGUUCAGCAACGGCAUACACUUCAGUCAAUUAUUUUAUACUUAAAUUCUGAAUUUUGUAUACAGUGAAUGUUUGAACUUUCAAACGAGCUAAUUACACAAUGGGUUUUUGCAUAAAGUAACAGCAUGCCUCUGUAUGUGUUAAAAUGAUACAAAAAUGUUCAUGGAGUCAGAAGCAGGAUUGAAGAAGGUCAUGGAUAAAGAGUUAAAUGGUUUGUUCACUCAAAGCCUAGAGGAGUAAAAAUGUAGGAGAUAUAAGGAGACUGACUUAAAUAGAUGUGGCAAUUCUGAAGAAUUAAAGUAACUCAAUUUCAAAUUGAGUUUUUCAUGUUCUGCAUCUGUUCUUGGAUGUCCAGAUCAUGUGACAAAAAAGAAAAUACUGUUAAGAAAACAUUAGAUUACUUAGCCAUAUCUAGAGUAUUUUUUAAAAAAACCACUACCUAAAAAGACACGGUCUGCAUUCCUUGUCAAUCACUUUAGAAGUCUGUUUUUAAAUGUAUUAGUCGGGUUGUAGUUGUAAUCUGAUGUACAAAAGAAUGCAGCUGUAAUUCCACUCAUUGGCAAAAUAUCUUCUAAUGGAAAGUAAUAGCAUAGGAAAAAUAAUUGGUAUUAAUAUCAGCUGUAUAUUACUUUAUUUUAAUUUCCUUCAUAUAAGUCCCAAGUAGAUUCCUUGUUAUUGUGAAAUGCCAGAAAGAUAUCAGAAUUUGUAAAGAGAAUAUAUUAGCCUUGGACUUACAAAGUUAGAUUUACUUAAGCUUUGAGGGAAAACUGUGUCCUUUUUUCCCUCUUCUGUUCUUGUAAAGUGUGUAUUUUUCUUGAGCUGGUAUAUAAUGGGCAUGUCCGAGGAAGAAAAAAUCCUAAAAUUAACUUCUGAUUUAUUUUUUGUGGUUGUAAAAAAAUAAGAUGCAUUUUCCUUUUUAAGUCUGCAAAAAAAUUAAUAAUGCCAUUGUGACUGUCGAUUUUUGGACGUUACUUGACCAACUUUUCUGAGUACGUUUAACUAUGUAGGUACACUGCAGCAACAUAGAUUUGCACUCAUUAGAAGAGUUAGCUAUACGGUGUAACUAACUUUCAGGAUUCCACACUAACUUUAUAUCUUUGUUGUCUUUUAUUUAAAAAAUACAACUUUUCACUCCUCAGCAUGAGGAGAACAGGUAACUAGGAAAGAAAAAAGAUUGAUUGUUCUAGAUUCACAAGAAGUGUUCGGCUUGACAGUCCCAAGCCCAUAUUGGGAAUCUAGUAAUGCAAAUAACUGUGCUUGGGUGGAGCCUCGGGGCAUUUGUACACAUGGUUGCACUGCAGCUCCGUGUGUUUUUAAAAGCAUCCAGCGCUGCGGCACAUACAUUUGUAUAAACAGCAAAAUACACGUCAGCACUGAGAAAAUGGUGGCGGCGUGCUUUUGAACUAAAACGCAUUGAAGGUGUUUUAGUUCAGAAACGCACCACCGCCAUUUUAUCAGCGCUGACGCACCUUUUGCCAUUUAUACCAAUAGAUGCAGUGCAGCACUGGGCGUGUAAAUGUAUGUGUAUAGAUGCCCCCAGUGAUUAUUGUCAAGCUCUUCCUGGUUGUUGUAUUUUGCUUUAGCAGCCUGUGCUGUACAAUUAAGACCUGAUUUACAAAGUAGUUGCUGUUAAGGCCACCCAAGGAUUCAGCAGGCAUUGUACCUCAAACUAAUAUGAUUGUUCUUUUGACUUAUUUCCAGUCUAAAUGACUACAUUUAUUCUACCAUACUUAAAGUGCCAAAGGAUAUAUAUAUAAAGUUACGAUUCAUUUAUUGUAGGAAGUCAGAUUUUGCACUUGACGUGGAUUUUAGCUUAGAAAUGAUACCAAGAUGUGUUUCAAUUAUUCAGUAUUACCACAAAGAUUCUAAAACGUUAAGGAAUAGUUUGGCUAAAGCCAGUGGUUUUUACUUGCUAUACUUGUAGAAUUGUUGUACCAUUGAAUUUUUGUUUCCCUUCAAUUAAAAAAAAAAUCGCUGGUACAAUAUGAGUCUGAUUGUGUAGGGACUGUCAUCACUAGGUCAUAAGAGUGGGAGUUUCACUGGUAAAUCAACAGGAAAACUGACCCUGAUGAGUUUUUACUUCUACAAGCCAAUUUAUAAUUAUUAAAAUUAAGCUCUACUAUAUUUAGCACCUCUGGAAACACUUCUAUUAGAAUGUUAAUGUGGAAUAUCGAAAUGCAUAAUUGACUAAAAGUAGAUCCUUUGACAUAUUUGCAUACCAGAAGUGAUAAGCAGAUUAAAGGUAGCAAAAAGAUUAUUUUUAUGCUUUAGCGAAGAAAUUUAGUGAAGCUUUUAAUGCACCAUCUAGGUCUUUAUCUGAUAUGUAAGUGAAUAAAAGCACCUUUUGUUUCUAAUAGUUGCUAACAAAAAGGCGGGGGGGGGGCGGAGAAGCGUAAUGUAAGGAAGGAAAGGUACAGUUAUUAAAAUAAGCAGAAUGAAACCUUGACCAAUGAAAAUAUUUUAACGAGUUUGUGUAUUUUAAGGUACUAAUUGUUUUUGGAAUAAUUCUGGAAAGAAAAUGGACAUGAUUCUCUGUUUAAAAAAAAAACAAUUAAUUGUUUCUGUAUUUUUCAUAACAAGUUAGUUUGAAAGGACAUCUUCUCACUCAAAGUAUUUACGGACCUUGCAGCUUUCAAAUCACACUGCUUCACACAGAAUAUUUCAUACAUCUGUUGGACACAAAGAAACUUCUGUUUCACCCUUAGUGGUGAGCACACUUUCUAAUAAUUUCAAACCUGUAGUACCAUGACACUUCAAAUCUGUCUUUUAAUACCCUGAAACCUAGGGAUAACAAUAUUAGCAAUCUGCACAUUGUUGUUGAUCUUUUCUUUGAAAAAUUAACAUGAAGGUUUGUUGAUAUAUGUACUAUACUUUAAAAUGUUCCUUUGAAACAGCUAUGCUAAUAGUAAUAUAUUUAACUACGUACUUUAUAGAGUGAAUUUCAAGGCCAUAUUUUAGAGUUGUAAAUAACAAAUUAAAACUUAUUGCCAUUUAAGAAGAAUGUUUAAUAUUUAUAUUAUGCUGAGCUUGGUUUUGCCACCUACCAAUGAAUGUAGCAUUAUCCAUAGAUUAUACAUAACUACAUCUAUUGCUGUUGGCCACAAAUCAAGAACUACUUGUAAUUUUCCAGCUGUGAAAAUGUUGCCUUGUAUUUGAAAAGGUUUCACAGAUUGGGGAUCUAACCCAGAACCAAGCUCAUUAGUGACCAGCUUGUACUUUUUGCUGUAAGGAUCCCUUUCCUUUAACUAGAUGCAUCUCAAAACAAACAGAACUGCUGUCUUAAUCUAUCUGCUGCUGCACUGGAGUUUUAUUUACAUGUCUAGCUUUAAAAAAAAAAAGAAGCUAUUCCAUACCUAGGUUUUAAAGUAAGCUCAUGCUUUUUGCUCUUUAUGCAUCCAUAACUGUUGUAGAUAUGGUAAAGGUAUUAGCUGCGUGUUUUUCCAAUGGUGAUAUUUAAAGCAUGUUGGUUCACUUCCUCUUUUUUGAAGUAAAUAGUGAAGGAUUAUAGCGCUGCUGUGUUCAUGAGGCUAAAUUUAAGGGUCUGUCAGCACUUCCAUUAUGAACCCCCAUUUUCAAUGAUUUACAACAUUUACAAAUCUAGAUACAGUCACUGGAAGUAUUUAAUAUGCAAUAGGUAGCACUUUAAUCUCUUUCUGAAGGGUUUUAAGAGAUUUCUGUUGAAAAAGGCAUAGUCUUCUCAAACAUAUUUGGCCUUCAUUUUAUCUCUCAUGAUUUGAAUGAUGAAGAAUCUGCUAUAUUCGCUGUUAAGUAUGUUACAGAUGGUACAGCCGUUCCUUUUUGUCUUAGAAGCUUCCAAGAGGCUUAUAUUACAUAACGUACAAUAAAAUGCUGGAGAUCCAAGUUUAUAUAGGAGGUCUAUAAAGAUGUGAGUAUUGCUUAAAGGAUUGAUUUGUCUUGUGCAAUGAAUGGUUUGUGCAAAUUUCUUAAAGGUACACAACUAUAUGCACAUGACAGCUGUAGACAUAUGAUAAUGCAUGAAAAACAUUAUUUUCGUCACAUAAUAUGCAAUAAGUCUUGAACUCUAUUUAGUUGAUUAAAAUAUGUAAUCUCAGUAUUUUAUUUUUUUCCCAUUUAAUAUUGCAUGUCUAACACUAAUAAAACACCACAGUGCACUA